AUGGUCAAUUGGACACCUGGCUCCUUAUCAGAGAAACCCAAAAUGAAUAAUUCAACAAGCUCAAACUCCACUAACAAUGGAAUGGUUCUUGCAAGUCCAUAUAAAACAGUAGAAGUGAUAUUCAUUGUACUGGUAGCAGGAUCACUCAGUUUGGUCACCACCAUUGGAAAUAUCCUGGUCAUGGUCUCCAUUAAAGUUAAUCGCCACCUCCAGACUGUCAACAACUACUUUUUGUUCAGCUUGGCAUGUGCUGACCUCAUCAUAGGCGCCUUCUCCAUGAACUUAUACACUCUCUACACUGUGAUUGGCUACUGGCCCUUGGGGCCUGUGGUGUGUGACCUUUGGCUAGCCUUGGACUAUGUUGUCAGCAAUGCCUCUGUUAUGAACCUACUCAUCAUCAGCUUUGACAGAUACUUUUGUGUCACCAAACCACUAACCUAUCCAGUCAAGAGGACCACCAAAAUGGCAGGCAUGAUGAUUGCAGCUGCCUGGGUCCUGUCUUUUGUACUGUGGGCACCUGCCAUUCUCUUCUGGCAGUUCAUUGUAGGGGUAAGGACUGUGAAGGAUGGAGAGUGCUACAUUCAAUUUUUCUCCAAUGCCGCUGUCACCUUUGGGACAGCCAUUGCUGCCUUCUACUUGCCUGUGAUCAUCAUGUCAGUCUUGUACUGGCACAUAUCCCGAGCCAGCAAGAGCAGAAUAAAAAAAGACAAAAAAGAAUCUGUGGCAAACCAGGAUCCAGUCUCUCCAAGUCUGGUCCAAGGCAGAAUCGUGAAGCCAAACAACAAUAACAUCCCCACCAGUGAUGAUGGUCUGGAGCAUAACAAAAUCCAAAAUGGCAAAGCUACCAGAGAUGCAGUGACUGAAAACUGUAUUCAAGGGGAGGAGAAAGAGAGUUCCAAUGAUUCCACCUCUGUCAGUGCUGUGGCUUCUAACAUCAAAGAAGAUGAUAUAACCCGAGAGGAAAAUACAGUUUCCACCUCCCAGGGUCAUUCCAAAGAAGAGAAUUCCAAGCUGACCUGCAUCAAAAUUGUCACCAAGACACAGAAGGGUGACUGCUGUGCUCCCACCAAUACCACCGUAGAGAUUGUGGGUCCUUCGGGACAGAAUGGGGAUGAUAAACAGAAUAUUGUUGCCCGCAAGAUUGUGAAGAUGACUAAGCAGCCUGCAAAAAAGAAACCUCCUCCUUCGAGAGAAAAGAAAGUGACCAGGACUAUCUUGGCUAUCCUAUUGGCUUUCAUCGUCACCUGGACCCCAUAUAAUGUCAUGGUGCUUAUAAACACCUUCUGUGCAACCUGUGUUCCCAAUACAGUAUGGACAAUUGGCUACUGGCUCUGUUACAUCAACAGCACCAUCAACCCUGCUUGCUAUGCGCUGUGCAAUGCCACCUUCAAGAAAACCUUCAAACAUCUUCUCAUGUGUAAUUACAAGAACAUAGGAGCCACAAGGUAA